AGCAUCGAGUCUGUUGAUAGCAUCGAAUUUUGUUGCUCAGAGAACGAAGAGAGAAUGGUGGGUCGGGGCGCUCACGAGAGAGCUGGGUAAUUUUGGGCAGCGGUUGUUCGAGAAGGGCACAGGUGCCGGGCAUACGGCAAUCAGAAUGUGGACAACGGACAGCACGCGAUAAAACGUCUCAGACGUCAAAUUCUACUUUUUAAAGUUUACGCCCCUGUAAAGAGUGAGGUGACUUAAAAAUGUUCUUCUGUAAGCGUUCCUAGUUUUAAAUAGUAGAUCAUUCUUCUGAAAGCGUUCCUAGUUUUAAAUAGUAGAUCAUUCUUCUGUAAGCGUUCCUAGUUUUAAAUAGUAGAUCAUUCUUCUGAAAGCGUUCCAAGUUUUAAAUGGUAGAUCAUUCUUCUGUAAGCGUUCCUAGUUUUAAAUAGUAGAUCAUUCUUCUGAAAGCGUUCCUAGUUUUAAUUAGUACAUCAUUCUUCUGUAAGCGUUCCUCGUUUUAAAUAGUACAUCGUUCUUCUGUAAGCGUUCCUCGUUUUAAAUAGUACAUCAUUCUUCUGUAAGCGUUCCUAGUUUUAAAAAGUAGAUCAUUCUUCUGUUGUCGAUUAUUUAACAUUACAUGGUAAAAAGGAAACAAUUAAAAGCAUAUUUUAAAAAAAAAAAAUUAAAAUGGUUUUCUAUCAAAUUUACAAUAACGACUUCUAUCACAAUAAAAGUAGAAAAUAAUGCAAAAUAUCUUAAACUACAUCACGCAAAAAAAAUUCUGCAGAAUUAUAUUUUUAAUUAAAUAAAAUAAAAAUUAAAUGUUUUUAUAUUUCUUCUAUUUUUAAUUCGAAUACUUUGGACACUAAGAUUUUCUUUCUACACUUCUGCACAGACUUUCUUUGCGUAAUGCAUUUUAAGAAAUGUAACUUUUUUUCCCUACUUUUUGGUGCCUUAAAAGUUGUCUUCGAUCGAAUGUCUUCCUUUUUUUAAAAAUUUAUUAUUUUAUAAAAUAUUUGUUUUAAAAAGUUUGAAUUAAGCUUUACGCUGAUAUUGCCUUCAUCAGAAUGUUACGCCUUGUCUGCGUCUUGUCUGUUGUCUUGGCCUGCGUGGGGGCAGACAUAAACAUUCCCAUCACCCACUACGCCAAUGGAUGGUUCCAGGCAGAUGGAUGCUUCAAGGUCGCCCAGGAGUUGACCUCAUGGACAGUGACACUCACAUUUGACCAGACCAUCACAUUCUUUUUUGUAAGUUCUUAGACCAGGGUCACUCCAAACCUUCUCAUUAUUUUUUUGUGUAAUAUCUUAGACCAGUGUCACACCAAGCCAUCACAUACACCUUUGAGAGAAAUCAUUGGACCAAUGUUCACUUUACUAUCCAUGUAAGAAGAAGACUGGAUCUAAAAGGCUACUGGGACAACAUUUCCGUGUUCACAAUUAAUGCAUUAAUCAUCAAGCCAUCCCACCAACCUUUCAUUAUUAUCAUACUUGAGUUUAUGUAUCAUUUUAUACAACAAUCAUCUUAUAGGAAAACUCAUCUACAUGCAGACUUCCAAUCUAGAGUCUUACAUUCAGACUUUCAAUGUAGAGUCUUACAUCCAUACUUUCAAUGUAGAGUCUUACAUCCAUACUUCCAAUCUAGAGUCUUACAUCCAUACUUCCAAUGUAGAGUCUUACAUCUAUACUUUCAAUGUAGAGUCUUACAUCUAUACUUCCAAUGUAGAGUCUUACAUCUAUACUUUCAAUGUAGAGUAUUACAUCCAUACUUUCAAUGUAGAGUCUUACAUCCAUACUUCCAAUGUAGAGUUUUACAUCCAGACUUCCAAUCCGGAGUCUUUUCUUGAGAUAAUUUCUAAAGUUAGAUUACUCUGUCACUUUCUCAAAGGCUCCUGAGGCAACCCUCAAGCAGACCCUGGACAAUGGUAAGGUCUACGUCCUUCAAAAUAAAACAUGGAACAAAGUUCAACCUGUUGGUGACCAGCUGUGCAUUCGUUUUGAAGGACGAGGUGCGUAUGAAUAUGAAUUUUAAAAAAUACAGUAGAGCGAUCAUGUGACCAGAAUGUGAUCAUGUGACCAGACUGUGAUCAUGUGCGCAGACUGUGAUAAUGUAUCACAGUGAUCAUGCGACCAGACUGUGAUCAUGUGACCAGACUGUGAUCAUGCGAUCAGACUGUGAUCAUGUGACCAGACCGUGAUCAUGCGACCAGAAUGUGAUCAUGUGACCAGACCGUGAUCAUGCGACCAGACUGUGAUCACGUGCCAAGACCGUGAUCAUGCGACCAGACUGUAAUCAUGUGACCAGACCGUGAUCAUGCGACCAGACUGUGAUCAUGUGACCAGACCGAGAUCAUGCGACCAGACUGUGAUCAUGUGACCAAACCGCGAUCAUGUGACCAGACCGAGAUCAUGUGACCAGACUGUGAUCAUGUGACCAGACUGUGAUCAUGUGACCAGACUGUGAUCAUGCGACCAGACUGUGAUCAUGUGCCCAGACUGUGAUCAUGCGACCAGACUGUAAUCAUGUGACCAGACCGUGAUCAUGUGACCAGACUGUGAUCAUGUGACCAGACUGUGAUCAUGCGACCAGACUGUGAUCAUGUGACCAAACCGCGAUCCUGUGACCAGACCGAGAUCAUGUGACCAGACCGUGAUCAUGUGACCAGACUGUGAUCAUGUGACCAAACCACGAUCAUGUGACCAGACCGAGAUCAUGUGACCAGACCGAGAUCAUGUGACCAUAAAUUAAUCCCAAUUACAGAAUACAGAAACAUCCUGGCCCCUGUCAGUCCAGAAAAUCGACGCUCUACCUUAGAUCUUCUAAUAAUAAGAGUACUUGUUAAUUUAAAACGUUUAGGCUUAUCAAACUUCCAUGUAACCAAUAACAUCUUUGUAAUGUCGCCUGAGCAGUCCUACCAAACUGGACCAUACAAGAACGGUCAUGCUCAGAAAGAUGGCAUAUGUCCAUCACAAUGAGACGAUGGUGUAGACUUCACAUGUCGAAAUCCACAUGGCCUGGGAUUAUUCUUUUAAGGAUUAUAAGCUAGCUCCUUACACAGCAACGUGCCUCUCUCCACUCCGCUGGAUAACCCAAGGGAACAUCAUGUGGAUAAUACAGCUUGGCGCUAGUGGCGUCGCAGGAUUGUCAGAAUGUUUCAUUGUGUCAAUGCCAUCAACCUGCGGGAAUCCAUCUCCGGGUUUGAAUUUAGAGUUUCCUUCUCUUAUAUGAGUUUCCCCCCGAGGUUAACGAGUCCAAUUCACCCGGAGUGCUGGUAAUGUUUUUACUUGAUUGAGCUUUGGUGGGGGAUUGAACUCCAGACCAUGAACUUGAGAUUGGCUCAGCUUAGACCACUCGGGCACCCAACACUCGUACGUACUCUACACCUCAAGGAAGCCUGCAAAAUUUCAUUCCUGGCGCUGAUUAGGAUCAAUCAUUAAUGACAUUAAUAUUUUGAAUAGUAGCAUUGAGGAGUCUCCUAUUUAAAAAAAAAAUAUCAUUCAUCCAACAACCGAAAGAUUUCAAAAAUAUUUAGUUUUACUAGUACACGUGAAUAUAUACAUCAAUUGUAAUCCAACCAUUUUUUGUUGUUGUUGGUGGUAGAUCAAACGUUAAAUAUAAUUUUAAUCCUUGCUUAUUGCCAACUAUUUCAUUUUUUAAGAUUGCUUUAUCCAGUUUAAAAAUUCACAAUAUCUUUGUUUCAGGGACAGGAGCAUCCGAGCCGGUUGUUACUGGUUCCUUACAGCCGGGAAGUUGAAUGUUCAUACACCGAGGAUUUCAAUCAUCCAAUCCCUGUGUUACACGUGUACUUAUAAGGACUUGAGUUAUGGUCAUGUUUCCAGGCUAGCUAAAUUAUGUGCGUCCACACAACACGGCAUGUGCCAUGUUCACAUGUGGUUCCACUACCAUGUCACUCUAUUGGGGUUAUCUCAGUGUGUUACUAUUAUUUAUAAUGUCAUAGAGAAAUAAAAAAAAAAUUCAAGUUUAAGGUGUCAUUCGUCUGG